AUGUGGGACACGGGAAAACGCGACGCGUCGAGCGCGAUGCGAGCGCGCGCGCGCGCGAGAGGGGCGACGACGGUGGUCGCGGUCGCGCUCGCCGCCGUGACGUCGCUCGCGCGCGCGGAAUCGAGCGCGCGAGCGAGAGACACGGAGACGUUUGUCGUGAUCUCAACCUCGGGGAAAAAGUGUUUGAGAUCGCGCGCGAGCGCGUCCGCGGACCUCGCGUGGCGCUCGAGCGAGAUCGCGGCCGUGGCGUUGGCGUCGGUGGGUCGAACGACGCACUUUGAGCGGUCGAUGGUGGGACCGGGGGUGCGGGACGCGGUCGUCGACGGCGCGGUGGACGGCGAGGCGUGUUGGUUCGACGACGGGAACGUCGAGGUGAAUGCGAAGACGCGGUUCGUGACGGUGACGACGUCGGGAUCCGUGAAUGUCGACGUCGUCGAUGUCGUGGGAGCGUGGGCGAAGGAGACGGGCGUGGGUGACGGCGCGCGGGGGACGGUGGGGCGAGACGCGAGCGCGAAGGGCGCGACCGAGGCACUCGGGGACGGUGACGCGCGAUUAUUGCUCGAUCGACGGGCGUGUUUCGACGGUGAAGAAGGUGAUUUCUCGGUGCGGGAGUUGGAGCGCGCGGAUGUGGACGCCGAUCGACGCGCGCGCGCGUUGGUUGAACGCGAAUUGAGGUGUUUUGAGGACGACGCGACGGCGUUCGCGCAAAGCAAAGACGCGCGAUCGGUCGCGUUCGUCUCCCUCGAGGGCGCAUCGUACGUCGAAAAGAGGUUUGGUCACAAGAGUGAGAUCGCGAGAUGGAGCGCGGAGGUGACGCAAGCGUCCAUCGCGCGCGCACUGAGCUCGAUUCGAGAACAGGCGGACGUCGAGCUCGUCGUCGUUGCCGUCUCCGAAGGCGCCUCGCAGAGCCACACAGCGCGCGCCGCCGAGCGUAAACUUCUUGGCGUCGACGUCCACGGUCGUCGCACCGCCGAAGCGGCGCACGACGAUAACGAUCUGGAGCUGCUCACCACGUUUACGCGAAAAGUGGCGCAGUGGGUCGCCGCCAUCAUCUUCAUCGGCGCCUCGUUCGCGGGCGUCCUCGCCCUGCAUGGUAUGCCGCUCAUUCGCGAGCCAUUCCUUUACACCCCGAUUCCCGGGCUCAAGCUCGAUUAG